GGCUCGAGUGCCAGACUUCGCGGGCAGGCUUGGCCUGUUGUUUCCCAAGUGUUGCGUCUGUAGUCGGGUGAGGAUUCUGAUCACUGAGCGAACAAGAGCAGCAAGAUGAUGCUGAGGAGGGAGGAGCAACAAAGAUGGGGGUCGCUCUGGCUGUGGUGUGUUUCGGUUUUUGAGAGUUUUGAAGGCCUCCGUGGGUGCUCUGUCGUUUCGAGCUUGUCGGUCCAGUAAUCUCCCACUAAAACCGAGAGACACGAGCGAGACCCUUACCCCCACGCUUUUCCUUUAUCCUCGCGCCCUUUUGAGUGAUUGAGUUAGAUUCUUCCGGCUGUGUAAGUUUCUAGAAGUUGCAGGGGUGGGCUGAUCCGGGGGGCGCUGGGUUCAACUAUCUGCAAAAAUGAGUUGAAGUUUUGGACACAGCUGCGAGCUCGUUCUGAGAAACGUUUCCACUCUGAUCGUCGUCCAAAACACUUCUGGCAGCACGUCGUCGAUGAUUCCGCUCAACGGUGGAAGCAUCCGAAGCCAAAAACUGGAGUAAGUGUUUCUACUUUAAGUGAACUACAGACGCACCGCUUGGAGAUGGUCGCUCUAUCGGUUGUUCGAGCGCUUCGACAGAAACAGAAGGAGAAUGAGACAGCUGACGAAUUCCGAGUAGUGAACGACGUGGAAGAAGAAGAGCAGGCGGAGCUUCUUGAUGAUAACUAUGCAGACGACGACGCUGAUGAAGCUUUUGAUCUGCGGCAGCAUAUUAGCACCAUUUUGAUUAAACUUACGCCACCACCUCCAGACGAAUUGCUGGACGACGACAACGCGCAGCAAGAAUCUCGUUGGCUGGUAACAGUGCGGGUAGAUUUGAAGGAGCGCGACUUCUCCGGGGUAUGGUGCGACGUUGAGCUAGAUCAAGAGCAAGGAGUUUAUCUGCAGCCCCGUGGGGGUCUUCUCCAUAGUCCUCAGCUUCAUGCGCAUGAUUGUUACGAUUGGGCGUUCGAGCUCUUUAAAUGCAGACUAGGGGGAGCAGUUGUAGACGAUGUUCCAGAAGUUCGUUUGUUUCUUGGAGCUAAAAUUCAGACGAAGAAAAGCAAGGCGCAGGCGGCAAAGGCGAGAGUCUUGGAAGCAGAUUUCAAGUUUGCCAGUAAAUGCGAGCAGCUUCUAUACGAGAAAAAACAAUGCAGCACUCAGGCGGAAGUGAUAAAGAGGCAGAAACAACCAGCGGCGGCUGCAGUGUAUCACAAGAAGCAGAAGGUCGCGCCUCAUCCUCGGGACAAGCUGUUGAAAGAGAAGCAGGGAGGAAAACCAGACGCAGCUGAGAAAACAACGAUCAAGAAAGUAGAAGGUGUGAAAGCUAGUGGCUCUUCUCCGGCUAAGAAGAUGAAGGAGAAGCUGGACUCUGCGGCUGAUCACAAGGAGCAGCAGGCGCGCACUCGACAAAAAAUCAGUCGGGACAUCUCUCAUCUUCAAACUGAAGGCUUCGUGACGAAAGAUGGCAGCAGUGCGGACACUUACAAGACGAAAGGGCGGCACGCUGACAACUUGAUGUGUAACGUGCAGCCGCCUUAUGAGAAGCUGUGCUUGGAGUGUCUGCGAAAACGAGGCCCGAGCUUCAUUGUUAAGGGGACAACCUACGCAAAGCGGAAGUUCGGGCUUCAAGAGGAUUGCCACGUGCGUUCUGCUGAGCUGGCAGCGUUGUGGGCAGUCCGGGUGCGAUUCAUCCUCGAGCGCGUGAAGCCUUGGCUGAAGAGUGACGACUUUAGAUGUGUGGACAAGCAGAAACUAGUGCGGGACUUCGAGGAGGCGACUAGUCCAGCUUUGGAGACUGGGCAGAAGUCUUGGGCUAAUCUAGUCAGGGACCAGAAAACAACAUACACCAAAUGCCUUACAUUAGAUGACUGGUGCUUACAACAUCUUGACUCCGGGGCGAACAACAAAGAGUAUGAGGACUGGGGCCAGGAGCGAGCCACAUCAAGCGAGGAAGACGCAGAUCCUUGA